UAUGCUAUGUGUGUUUUUAUUCCUGGUAGUUUGAGUAUUCCUUUAAAAAAUAAAUAUUCUCGUUUUUUGGAUUAAAAUUUCUUUUUCUUUUCGUUUGAAACUAAUCAAACGAUAUCAUCAGCUCAAUAGCCCGAAAGAAAAAUCGCUCGCUGAAUUAAGCAGAAGGAGAUGGCAUCGACCGAAGCGAGGGCCAAUAUGAAAGCCCGAGCGAAUGUGGAGGCCCUCCUGAAGUCGACAAUGCAGCAACACUUGGACGGCGUCAAAUCCGGAAUUUCCCAAUUACAUCAGAGCUUGGAACACGUAAUGGACAUCAACUUGAGCGUCAAAAAAAUGUACGGUAUGUUCGCUGAGGUGCCCCAACUGUGCAGCGCGCUUAAUGAAGUACGUGAAGAGAACAUGAGGCAUUCUCAGUAUGUGACCGCUCGCGAGAAUCUGAAACAUAUUUUCACGGUCCCAGAGAGCGUAGAACGGACAAAACAAUGGAUAAACGAAGGCAAAUUACUGCACGCGCACCAGUGCCUCAGGGAUCUGGAAAAUUCGCGGGACGACCUCUUGUUUGAACUGCACAAGCUUCCCAAUCAGUCGCCGCACGACAAGUCGCUGCUGAAGGCAUAUUUUGCGGACGUCGAAACGUUGUCUGUCCUUUUGGAGAAACAGUUACGCUUUAUCCUGUCGCGGACGUUGAACACGGUAAGGAAAGAGCCGGCGGUUAUCGUCACGGUGUUGCGAAUUAUAAAAAGAGAGGAAAAAGCGGACGAGAUCGCCCUGAGGCAGGAGAAACAGACAGGGUUCCUGCCGCCCGGGAGACCCAAACGCUGGGAGAAAAUGGCUUUUGAUAUUUUGGAGAAAUCGGUCGCGUCGAAAAUCGAGGGCAUGCAGAUUGAGGAAAGGGAGGACAAUAAGGGCUGGCUCAUCAAGUACCUUGAGCUGAUUAGGCUCCUGAUUUUGGAAGACCUCAGGGUGGUGAAAACAUUAUGCGUCCCCUGUUUCCCGCCAGACUACAAUAUCCUCGACCGUUAUCUUUACAUGUUCCACCGAUGCCUCACCAACCAUCUUCAGGAAAUUAUACAAAACGGUUUGGAGGGCAACGAGUACGUGUCGCUGCUUUCGUGGGUACUCACUGCAUACCAUUCCAAAGAUUUGCUAGGACACCCGGACUUGGUAGAGCACACCGUCAAAUUGGGCCCGGUACUGCCUCAGGAGGUUGUGAACACUCUCGAGACAAACUAUUUAAAGAACAUUGAAAACAAUUACACGGAAUGGAUGCAGAACACACUCAAGUCGGAGAAGGAGGAGUGGAGGUCCGAGACGGCGCCUGAUUCCGACAUGUAUUCGAGAACGUCCGCCCCGAUUAUAAUAUUUGAAAUGAUCAACCAGAAUUUGGACGUGGCCAAGACCAUAACGGAAGACAUGACCGCGAAGGUGCUCAUGCUGAGCGUCGCGCAGGUCAUCAAGUUCCGGGAUUCGUUCAGGGACGCCGUCAUACAGUUUAAGAACAAAUACUUUGAGGAUAGGAAGAUGGUGCCACACUUCACACAGUACAUGAUCCUGAUCAUUAAUCAGUGCCUGCAAUUUGUCGACCUCGGUACCCAGCUGGAAAAACAGUACUCCAAUUUGUAUUCCCAUCACAAUGUCGGCGAGAGUUUCAAGAGAUUACGGGGCACGUUCGUUCAGCUGCGCAAUGAGGCCGGGAACUUUUUGCUCGAGGAGCUGCUCGUCGAUUUGGACCAGCAUUUCGCCAAACUGUUCAACUCCCAAUGGAUCGCCGGGUUCGAUACCGUCGACACCAUCUACGCGACAUUGGAGGACUAUUUUCAGGAUUACAGCCGCCUGACCGAGGCCAACUACAAUUUUAUCGCGACACAGACGAGGAGCAUUGUCGCGAAACGCUACCUAACCGCCAUGCUUUCCAAGAGAGUCUCGUUCAAAACUUACGAAGAAUGUAGCCAAGCGGCCGCGAAAGUCGUGAAGGAAGUCGACCGACUAAGCACCCUUUUUAACGACUUGGGAAGAAAUCUGGAGGACGAGGACCCUUUCGAACCGAUCGUGAUGCUAGCGGAGGUGUUGAGGAGCGACGACGACAUGUUGUCGUUUGAAUUGCACAGGGUCGUCGAAAAGUACCCUGAUAUUUCCGAAGAUCAUUUGAUGAGGCUUCUUAGUUUGCGUGGCGACCUGUCAAGAUCGGAUAUCAAGGACAAAGUGGCCCACGUCGAUCGGCCGAAGGUGUCGCAUCGCAGCAGCGUGUUUAAGACACUAGUUUUUCCGAAACUGGUCAACAUAAACAUUAAUUUUUAAAUGUAUAGCUCG